UAGAUCGUACAUGUGUCAACUAUGUGACUGUUAUAGUUUUAUAGCUUAAAUAUUUUUAUUAUUGACUAAUAUCUUCUUUUCAACCUGUGGAUACCUUUAGUUAACACUCAUCCUACAUUUUGGAGAUGACGACAAACUCAUAUGAGAAAAGCUCUACCAAAGAUGGAGCUCGCCCUUAUAAAUGUUGCGAUUACUCUAACAAAAUCACAUUAAAUUUACAAAAUUUCAAAAGAGAUGGAAGGUUUUGUGAUAUAGACCUAAUAUCAGGCUCAACCAUUGUUAAGGCUCAUAGAGUGGUGCUUGCAGCCAGUUGUGCAUAUUUUGAUGCUAUGUUUAAUGUUGGUUUGGAAGAAACUCAGAAAGGUUAUGCUUCUCUUCCAAGUGUACCUCCUGAUAUUUUGCCAAUGAUCAUUGAUUUUAUUUAUACUGGUGAGAUAAUUAUUGACAAGAGUACAGUGCAGCAUUUAUUGAUUGCGGCUGAUAUGCUGCAGCUCCGGGAGCUUGUUACUGGCUGUGGAGAAUUCUUGAGGAGAGAGUUGCAUCCUUCAAAUGCACUUGGAAUAUUCAGGUUUGCUGAAGCCCACAAUUGCGUGGAGCUGGUGAAAGAGGCAUUAGAACAUGUCCAAGCGAACUGGAAUACUGUGUCAAAUGGUGAUGAGCUGUUAGAACUGCCAUUGCCUCAGUUAAUCACUUUACUUUCUUCAGAGCAAUUAAAAGUUGACAGUGAAGCACAGGUCUUAUAUGCAGCUCUAAGAUGGUUAGAGCACGACCCAGCAUGUCGUAGACGACACUGCUUUGAAGUAUUGAGUCACGUAAGACUGCCACUUAUCUCACCACAAGUUUUAGAUCAAGCCAUCAAAAAUGUACAAGAUCCAUCUAUAGCAGUAGCUCUAAAAACAGUUCGAGUUGAUAUGAAAACUCGUCGAGGUGCUUUAGUUUCUCUACUGGUGGAGCCACGCCAACGCGCGCGGCGAAUUUUACUCUUAGCUGGGGGCUCAUGCCGCGACAAAGCCGUGCAUCCGCCCUUAUCAACACAUUAUAAUCAAGAUAAUAUCCUCUCCUCGGUGCUAAAAUUCGAUUUACAUAAGAGAGAAUGGGAAGAGCUUUCUCCCAUGGGAAUAGCAAGAAUACAACCAGGCGUCGCAACAUUAGGAGGACGGGUCUAUGCCGUUGGUGGUGAACAAGGAAGUCAAAUACUUGCCAAUGGAGAAGUUUACGAUCCACAGACUGAUAAAUGGUCGAAUAUUGCGCCAAUGAAAGAAGCUCGUUGUGAAUUUGGACUCACUGGUUGGAAUGGAAAUUUAUACGCUUUUGGUGGUUGGGUCGGAUCAGACAUGGGUUCAUCAGUUGAAGUAUACGAUCCUGUCGCUGAUGAAUGGACUUUAGUGGGCAGGAUGCCCGAGCCAAGGUUUGGAAUGGGGGUCAUUAAUUUCGAAGGACUUAUAUACAUAGUCGGAGGAUGCACUCACACGUGGAGACACACCAGAGAUUUGUUGUGUUACCAUCCCGCAUCCCGAAAAUGGCAUUCACUGACACCGAUGCACCACGCCCGUAGUCAAGCCGCAGCAGUCGUGCUGGACAACUACCUUUAUGUGAUCGGAGGCAACGCGCCGAGGCGGUCUGUUCUGACCUCGGUAGAACGCUACAGUUUUGACGAGGACACGUGGGAGGAGGUGGCGAGCCUGAAGGAGGCGCGCGCGGGCUGCGCGGCGGGCGCGGCGGAGGGCGUGCUGGUGGUGGCGGGCGGCGACAGCGAGAGCGGCGAGCGAGCCUUCUACCGCGCGCGCACCACGCUCGCCAGCGUCGAGCUGUACGCGCCGCGCGACGACGCCUGGCGCGCCGGCCCGCCGCUGCCGCACUCGCGCGCCGAGGCCGGCGCCGCCGUGCUCUGACACUAGCCCGCGCCGCACCACGCUCGCCAGCGUCGAGCUGUACGCGCCGCGCGACGACGCCUGGCGCGCCGGCCCGCCGCUGCCGCACUCGCGCGCCGAGGCCGGCGCCGCCGUGCUCUGACACUAGCCCGCGCCGCACCACGCUCGCCAGCGUCGAGCUGUACGCGCCGCGCGACGACGCCUGGCGCGCCGGCCCGCCGCUGCCGCACUCGCGCGCCGAGGCCGGCGCCGCCGUGCUCUGACACUAGCCCGCGCCGCACCACGCUCGCCAGCGUCGAGCUGUACGCGCCGCGCGACGACGCCUGGCGCGCCGGCCCGCCGCUGCCGCACUCGCGCGCCGAGGCCGGCGCCGCCGUGCUCUGACACUAGCCCGCGCCGCACCACGCUCGCCAGCGUCGAGCUGUACGCGCCGCGCGACGACGCCUGGCGCGCCGGCCCGCCGCUGCCGCACUCGCGCGCCGAGGCCGGCGCCGCCGUGCUCUGACACUAGCCCGCGCCGCACCACGCUCGCCAGCGUCGAGCUGUACGCGCCGCGCGACGACGCCUGGCGCGCCGGCCCGCCGCUGCCGCACUCGCGCGCCGAGGCCGGCGCCGCCGUGCUCUGACACUAGCCCGCGCCGCACCACGCUCGCCAGCGUCGAGCUGUACGCGCCGCGCGACGACGCCUGGCGCGCCGGCCCGCCGCUGCCGCACUCGCGCGCCGAGGCCGGCGCCGCCGUGCUCUGACACUAGCCCGCGCCGCACCACGCUCGCCAGCGUCGAGCUGUACGCGCCGCGCGACGACGCCUGGCGCGCCGGCCCGCCGCUGCCGCACUCGCGCGCCGAGGCCGGCGCCGCCGUGCUCUGACACUAGCCCGCGCCGCACCACGCUCGCCAGCGUCGAGCUGUACGCGCCGCGCGACGACGCCUGGCGCGCCGGCCCGCCGCUGCCGCACUCGCGCGCCGAGGCCGGCGCCGCCGUGCUCUGACACUAGCCCGCGCCGCACCACGCUCGCCAGCGUCGAGCUGUACGCGCCGCGCGACGACGCCUGGCGCGCCGGCCCGCCGCUGCCGCACUCGCGCGCCGAGGCCGGCGCCGCCGUGCUCUGACACUAGCCCGCGCCGCACCACGCUCGCCAGCGUCGAGCUGUACGCGCCGCGCGACGACGCCUGGCGCGCCGGCCCGCCGCUGCCGCACUCGCGCGCCGAGGCCGGCGCCGCCGUGCUCUGACACUAGCCCGCGCCGCACCACGCUCGCCAGCGUCGAGCUGUACGCGCCGCGCGACGACGCCUGGCGCGCCGGCCCGCCGCUGCCGCACUCGCGCGCCGAGGCCGGCGCCGCCGUGCUCUGACACUAGCCCGCGCCGCACCACGCUCGCCAGCGUCGAGCUGUACGCGCCGCGCGACGACGCCUGGCGCGCCGGCCCGCCGCUGCCGCACUCGCGCGCCGAGGCCGGCGCCGCCGUGCUCUGACACUAGCCCGCGCCGCACCACGCUCGCCAGCGUCGAGCUGUACGCGCCGCGCGACGACGCCUGGCGCGCCGGCCCGCCGCUGCCGCACUCGCGCGCCGAGGCCGGCGCCGCCGUGCUCUGACACUAGCCCGCGCCGCACCACGCUCGCCAGCGUCGAGCUGUACGCGCCGCGCGACGACGCCUGGCGCGCCGGCCCGCCGCUGCCGCACUCGCGCGCCGAGGCCGGCGCCGCCGUGCUCUGACACUAGCCCGCGCCGCACCACGCUCGCCAGCGUCGAGCUGUACGCGCCGCGCGACGACGCCUGGCGCGCCGGCCCGCCGCUGCCGCACUCGCGCGCCGAGGCCGGCGCCGCCGUGCUCUGACACUAGCCCGCGCCGCACCACGCUCGCCAGCGUCGAGCUGUACGCGCCGCGCGACGACGCCUGGCGCGCCGGCCCGCCGCUGCCGCACUCGCGCGCCGAGGCCGGCGCCGCCGUGCUCUGACACUAGCCAGCCACCGCACACUCUAGCUUAAGACAAACGUACAAAUAAUUAAGCUGCUUUCGUGUCAAAAUUCGACAGUAUAGCUCCUAUGCAUUUUGAUACUUUACAUACCUAUUGAUGUAACGUGUAUUUUAGAAGUGAAGAAAUAAUAAUCGUCCAAACGCCCUCACAAAUAUUUGUACGUACAAUACGCGUACCUACUUAACUCGAAAUGAUUGACCCAGUACCAAGUGUUAAUCCAUUCUGCUAUUGUUAAGUUGUAGGUUGCAUGAGUAAUUUGAAUUCACUGGACCAAUUAUGAAAAUUAUUUUACCAAUACAAUUCGGGUACUAGAAAUUCCCAUGCAAAACAGCUAGCUAGGUAUACAAUCUAUACAAUAAUUAUUUUUUGAGUUUCGCGUAUCUACAGGACCAAGUGACCGAUAAAAAUAUUUCAAUACUACCGUGGUUCGUACGUUUUUUCUGAGCGGAUCGUUCAGGCUGUUUAGCAAACAAAAGACAGCUACCGCAGAUCCGCAGAGGUAGGUAACGCUAUAGACUACUUUUUCAUCCAGGUGCACGAAGUAAUUUCCAAAAGUUGACGAUAACCUUACCUCUGGCCCCGUACGGGCCAGAAGCCAAAAUACAAUUUAGAAAAACAAAACCUCACUUGACCGGCAAACAGACGUUGUUACGUUUUAUAGUACUGUGAAAGAAAUAACAUCAUAUUGAGUAAGUGAUAGUGGUAAAAUACAGGUAAGUAAUUUGAACUUAUCGCCUUUUCGUCCGUUAUUUUUUCAAGACGGGCCGUCUUGAUGUUAAUCGUUUUUGGUUUAUUGUAACAAAAAAUCCCAUCAAAGCUGAAAAAAAUGAAUAGGUGCUAUGAAAGUUUAGAUCCCGUUUCAUUAAAAUAUGGUCAUAAAGUGACAAUGGCAAGGUCACAAUGCUUGAAAUAGUAGUGUAGUCAUAGGCAUGAUUCCACAUAGACUUGCUGAUUAAAUAACACAACAUUGUAUGUGUUACGGCUAAAUAAUAGAUGGAAUAUAAACGGUUAAUAAACUAACGGUGAGUUGCACAAUUUAACUAUAACGAUAACCGAACCAUUUUCAGUUGUCAGAUCGCCGAUUUGACCAAUGGGCGGCAAGUAUACGGCUGGUUAUAGUUUCGAAUUCUAGAGCGAUGCACCGUUACACGGUAAAACUAACGAACCAAUAAAGAUAGGGAGAAAGAAUAUUGCUGCAUCGACCCGUUACGGGGACUAGGAAAAUCAAAAUCAAAAAUCGUAUAUUCAAACUUGGCUGCAAAACAGUACUUUUCGAACGUCAGAGGGGAAGAAUCUCGAUUCCCGCGGCUCAGCGAACUCCCGUGCGAGAAAUGACAACGGGGCUAGUCGGUAUAAAUAGGUUUAGCGCUCGCCCCUCGCCAUCCCCAGACGGAAGAUGUCCAUGAGAAUAGCGCCCACAAAAAAGGAUAUUGAUGCAUAGGGUAGAAUUUAUUCGAGAGUGUGAGUGUGUUGAUGCCUUUGGAUGCUAGCGAAACAGUGGGGAUAUAAGUCUGUAAUUCAAGCUAAAUAUG